UGCUUUUUGUAUUAUUAAGACUUUAACAUCAUUCGCUUAUGAUCGUCUACGGAGCGUCUGCUGCUGAGAACUGAUUUUUCUAUAUUAUCUUCAAUUUUUUUUUUUUGUUGAAUAUUCAUUCAAUAUGAAUUUCAGAAAAUACUUUAGCAUUUUCUUCGUCCUCCUACUUACAGCUUCUUAUUCCAAUGGAGCUAGAAUAUUAGCAGCAUUUGUGUUCCCUGGCAAGAGUCAUACAAUGAUGUACAAUGCCAUCAUCAAGGAACUUCUCCAAAGAGGACAUGAGGUAACACUAAUUACAAACUUCCCUCAGGGAAAUCUUUUAAGCAACUAUAAAGAAGUUCAAAUACCAGUUUACGAUUUCUUUAAAGACAUUAAAGAACAUUUUGGAGCUAAAAGUCACUUUGAUCUCACUAAAUUAACCAUGACCGGAUUUAUGAAAAUGUUGGAUAUAAUUGGUGAAAAAGCUACAGAACAUGCUUUGCAACAGCCAAAUGUUCAAGAAAUAUUCAAUCGAACUGAUACAAACGAUGUUUACGAUCUUUUGUUGGUUUCACAAUUCUAUCAGGAGGCUUUUCUGACAUUAGGACUUAAAUAUAAUGUACCAAUUGUGACAUCUAGUACUUUGGGUUAUGAAAAUUUCAUGAGCCAUAUGAUGGGUAUCAUUCAACCUUGGUCAUUUGUACCACAUGGAUUUUUGCCAUACGAUGAUCGGAUGGAUUUUGUUGAAAGAGUUACCAAUUCUAUUGCAUCGUUGUAUGAAGAUUUACACAGGGAAUAUAUUUAUCUACCCAAACAUGAUGCAUUGGUGAAAAAGUAUUUAUCACAUUUGCCAAUUAAAUUCCCCAAAAUGUCUGAAAUGGAACGAAACGUUUCACUGAUCCUUUUGAAUAGUCAUGCACCGAUAACAACUCCAAGGCCAACUAUAACAGGAAUGGUUCCAGUUGGAGGAUUACACAUUUACCCACCUAAACCACUUCCAGCUGAUAUCAAAAAGUUCUUAGAUGAUGCAACAGAUGGAGCCAUUUACUUUAGUUUAGGAACCAAUAUUAAAAGUGCUGAUAUGCCUCCGGAAAAGAUGAAACUUUUUCUUGAGGUCUUUUCAACAAUGAAACAAAGAAUUCUUUGGAAAUUCGAAGCUGAUAAAGUACCCAAACUCCCAAAGAAUGUUAUGGUUCAGAAAUGGAUGCCUCAGAAUGAUAUUCUAGCUCAUCCAAAUGUCAAAGUUUUCAUAACUCAUGGUGGAUUAUUUGGCAGUCAAGAGGGUGUUUAUCAUGGAGUUCCAAUGUUGGGAAUGCCAUUCUUUUGCGAUCAGUACCUCAACCUCAAAAAAGCCACCAAAGCAGGUUAUGCUAUAUCAUUAAGUUUUCCUGAUAUUACCAAAGAAGGCCUUAAUCACUCUUUAACGGAACUUCUUGAGAAUCCUUUCUACAGAGAGAAUAUGAAACGAAUUUCGGAAAUAUUCCGUGAUCGUCCAAUGAAUGCUCGAGAUACUGCAAUGUAUUGGAUUGAAUAUAUUAUUCGGCACAAGGGGGCGCCACAUAUUCGGUCAGCUGGUUUGGAUCUUAGCUGGUAUCAAUUUUAUUUACUGGAUGUAAUGGCUUUUGGAGUGCUAGUUGUUAGUAGCAUUAUUGGGGUGGUUUAUAUUUUAAUAAGAUCUUUGGUAAGAAGGAAAAAGAUCAAGGUCAAAAAGAACUAAAAGUUUUUGAAGUGAUGUAUUGUACAAAAUUGUUUAAGUUAAUAAAAAAUUGUUAAUAAAAUUAACUAAAUUUGUAAA